AUGAAGCAGCAAAUAUUUCGACUCCUCCAUCUGUUCGCUGCAAUUUCUCUUUCUCACAGCGAGUCCGUAUUCUUCGAAAACGGCACCAUUAUAUCUUUUAAUGAAACGAGCGGUUCCGUAGAAAUACUGCGCGAUCACUCUCUCCUUGUUGUCAACGAUAUCAUUAGCGCAAUCUUCCCUACAAAUUCAACAAGCUCAAUCCCAGCGGAAACUACUCGAAUCUCAGUCGAAGGAGACAUAUUGUCCCCUGGCCAUGUCGACACUCAUCGCCACGUCUGGCAAACCGCUCACCGCUCUAUCGGUGGCACUGGUACCCUAGCAGAAUAUCUCACGAGAUGGACGAACACAACAAUCGCUGCAAGAAUCUACGACGCGGAAAUAUCUUAUUUUUCAGAGCUGGUCGGACUCUGCGAAGCUGUUAGUGCAGGCGUUACAACUAUCGUGGAUCACGCAUCCGGAUCUUUCACGAGCGACAUUGUUGAUGCAUACAUCCAGGCUACCAAGGACAGUGGUAUCAGGAGCAUCUUCGCAUACAACUUGGGAGGCUACGAUACCGUAUCAUUCGACGAACAGGUUGAGCAUUUUAAGACUUUGAUGACUGAUGGGACUCUGACUGGGAGUACUGUUAGUCUUGGUAUCUCUUAUGAAAGAUGGACUUUUGGUAUAGAAUCGGAAGUACAAGCCAUCUCUGCGUUAAUUAGUGAGUUUGACAUUGCUGUGCUCGAGACGCAUGCGGUCGGCGGCGUAUACGCAACAGAAAACAACCCGUCUGUACUGUCACAGAUAAAACUGGCCAACGGAACGCACCUUCUGAAUACUACGGUGCCCGUCGUGUUCGUACACGGCACAUCUCUCACGGCCACAGAUCUGACGUUAUUGCGCACCUACAAUCAUUACAUGGCGUAUGCUCCGGAGUUUGAAAUGUCGCACUCCCGAGAGGUGGGCCAACAGCAUCUCGCCAUGGAUCAAGCAUCCCUCAGCGUAGGCACGCAUUAUACAAACAGCGGCGAUCUGAUCACCCAAGCGAGGAUCUGGCUCCAGAAUGUUCGCGAGCGUUUGAUGACUCACCUUACCACCGAGGAAAGAAUUGUGGUGAACCGCAAUCCGAUGUCUACCAAUCAAGGCUUUUUGCUGGCCACAAGGUCCGGGGCUCAAGCUAUACGACGCGAUGAUCUUGGUGUGUUGCGUGUUGGGGCCAAGGCAGACAUUGUAGUAUACGACGGAAAGGCGCCGGGACUGCUGGGUUGGAGUGAUCCUGUCACUGCUGUUCUCUUGCACUCCCACGUAGGACAUGUCAAACAUGUCCUUGUCAAUGGAAAGAUUUGGAAAAGAGAUGGACGAAUUGUGCACCAAGGUUGUCUGAGCACCAACACAAGCAAUAUUGAAGAAGGGUUCCUCAAGGCUGCCAAAACGGUCCAGCAAUUCUGGAACGAGAAUCCAGUGUCACUAGAAGGUGCAUUCCUGACGGGUUACAGUUAUGGUGGAAGGGAUGAUAUGGACGUUGUUCGAGGCCCAGCGACUGGGUAUUGA